AUGCUCCUUUCCUCGCCUCUUCUGCCUCUGGCCUUCCUGUUAACGCUGGCUGUGGGCCAGACGCUCCAACUUCAGGAAUAUGACUUUCUUCAGUUUCUGGGUCUAGACAAGAUGACAUUACCCCGCACCUUCCAGCCUGUGCCUUCCAUCUUGAACAAAAUAUUCCAGGACUGGGAAGCUGCAGCCACCGCCGGGGACUGGCAGGACUUGUGCUACGUGAAGGAGCUGGGUGUCUAUGGGAACUUACUUCGACUUGUCCCAGACCAAGGUUUCUUUCUUUACUUAAAGAAGCCAUUCCAAGAUGACUAUUGUUUACAGAAACUCCUCUACUUCAAUUUGUCUGCCAUCAAAGCAAAGGAACAAUUGACGAUGGCCCAGCUGAGGCUGGACUUGGGGUCCAAUUCCUACUAUAACCUGGGGCCAGAACUGGAACUGGCUCUGUCUGUAGUUCAGGAACCUCACAAGUGGGGCCAAGUCACCCCUACACCAGGCAGAAGGUUUGCUUUGCAGUCCAUACUGUGGCCUCAGGGCGCCCUUCGCUUCAGCCUGCAAGAUGUGGUUCAGGGUUGGAACAGCAACCCCCAAAAGAACUUGGGCUUAUUUUUGGAGAUAAUGGUCCAAGAAGGCAGAGGGUCAGGUGUAAAUUUCCAGCUUGAGGACAUCUGCACCAGGCUGAGACGUUCUUUUCAUGCUUCCCUGCUGGUGGUGACUCUUAACCCUGAGCAGUGUCAGCCUUCUUCACGAAAAAGGAGGGCAGCCAUUCCUGUCCCCAAGGUUUCUUGCAAGAAUCUCUGCCAUCGUCAUCAGCUAUUCAUCAACUUCAAGGAUCUGGGUUGGCACAAAUGGGUCAUUGCCCCCAAGGGGUUUAUGGCAAAUUACUGUCAUGGAGAUUGUCCCUUCUCACUGACCACUUAUUUGAACAGCUCCAAUUAUGCCUUCAUGCAAGCACUGAUGCAUGAGGUUGACCCUGAGGUCCCCCAGGCCACCUGCAUCCCCACAAAGCUGUCUCCCAUCUCCAUUCUUUACCAAGACAAUAAUGACAAUGUCAUUCUUCGACAUUAUGAAGAUAUGGUCGUUGAUGAAUGUGGGUGUGGGUAG